AUGCCGCCCCCUAUCCAGCAGCUGCGCAGCAAGCUGCUAGCAGCCCUGCUGCAUCCCUCCUUCAUCGUGCACCGCUCCCCUUCGCCGCACUCUUCUCCCUCCGCCCGCGCACCGUCGUCACGGCCACCGCCUCCCAGGCUGCCGCUGCUCCUCCUCCGCCCGCUCGCCUCCUCCUCCUCCUCCCCCGUCCCUCCCGCCACCACCACCAUCCGCCGCCGCCCCUCCGCCUCCUCCUCCGCCACCGCCACCGUCCGCCGCCGCGCGCGCACCCGCUCCCGCACCCGCCGCUCCAAGCCCCCCUCCGACGCCGGCGCCUCCUUCUCCGGCGACGACGGCGGCGGCGACUUCGGAUCCGGCGGAGGGGGAGGGGGCGGAGGCGGAGGAGGGGGUUGGUGGUGGAACCGCGGGUCCGGGUCCGGGGCUGGGUGGGACUCCUCCGAGCCGGACGUCCCCGCGCCGCGGAGGUCGGCGGCGGAGGCGGCGCUCGGGGUGGUGUACGAGCUCAUGUGCCUCAUCGCGCUCUCCAACUGCACCCAGUUCGCAGUGCGGAGGCUCGCGGGCCUCCUCGCCGCGCGCGUCGCGGCGCUGCGCUUCGUCCCCACCGUCUGCUGAGGGUUGGGGAAUCGGACGGUUCGGUCUCCUCCUGCCCUGAUCCCGUCUCUACCAUCGCCGGAUUCGUUCCUCUUGUGUGAAAUCCGCGCUUCUGUAUAUAUGUACCUGCCUGUGUUUCUAUGGGUCGGGGGGGGAUUGGGAUCGUUGUUCCGUCGUGCUCGCUUUUGGCGACCCGUCGAACAGCCACAAAUUCGUCGAAUUGAAAUGGAAAAACAAUUGAACAUAUCAUCUUUUA